UGGUGGAGCAAGAGGAAGCUCGGGGAGACGACUAGAAGAAGGAGGCUGGCGGCCCUGGCCCAAAGCCCCACCCAGGCUCUGAGUCUCCCCGGCUGCAGGCGGAUGGAUGGGGCUUCUUCAGGCGGUGGCGGCAGCAGUGAAGGUGGCGGCGGCAGCGGCAGCAGCGGCUAUGGUGUGGUGGCUCGAUUUUCCCAGUGCCUGGCUGAGUUUCGGACGUGGUUAAGAACCAACUGGUUGAGGUUCAAUGCAGACAAGACGGAUGUGAUGCUGUCUCUGAAUUCAUUGAGUAGUUUAGAAGGCUGUAGUCCCCAGCUUUUUAUCACAGUUGGGAUUUUUGUUGAUGGUUUAACUGAAGAAUCAAAGAUUAAAUGGGCUUAUCUUUCAGUAGAAAAUGUGCAUCAGAUGUUUAUGUUUAAUUGGUUUACAGACUGUCUGUGGACUCUUUUCCUGUCAAAUUACCAGCCAUCUGUUGAGUCUUCAAGUCCAGGAGGUUCAGCAACAUCAGAUGACCAUGAAUUUGAUCCAUCAGCUGACAUGCUGGUUCAUGAUUUUGAUGAUGAACGAACAUUAGAAGAAGAAGAAAUGAUGGAAGGAGAAACAAACUUCAGCUCUGAAAUAGAGGAUCUUGCAAGGGAAGGCGACAUGCCAAUUCAGGAACUUCUCAGCCUUUAUGGUUAUGAUAGUACUAGUCGACUACCUGAAGAAGAUGAGGAGGAGGAAGAAGAGGAAGAAGAAGGUGAAGAUGAUGAAGAUGCUGAUAAUGAUGAUAACAGUGGAUGUAGUGGAGAAAAUAAAGAAGAAAAUAUAAAGGAUUCGUCAGGUCAGGAGGAUGAAACUCAGUCAUCCAAUGAUGAUCCAUCACAAUCUGUUGCUUCUCAGGAUGCGCAGGAAAUAAUCCGCCCACGUCGAUGUAAAUAUUUUGAUACAAAUAGCGAAAUAGAAGAAGAAUCUGAAGAAGAUGAAGAUUAUAUUCCAUCUGAAGACUGGAAAAAGGAGAUUAUGGUGGGCUCCAUGUUUCAAGCGGAGAUUCCUGUUGGCGUUUGUAGAUACAAAGAAAAUGAAAAAGUAUAUGAAAAUGAUGAUCAGCUCCUGUGGGACCCUGAGUACUUACCAGAGGAUAAAGUGAUUGUAUUUCUUAAGGAUGCGUCUAGAAGAACAGGUGAUGAGAAAGGUGUAGAAGCAAUUCCUGAAGGAUCUCACAUAAAAGACAAUGAACAGGCAUUAUAUGAAUUGGUUAAAUGCAAUUUUGACACAGAAGAAGCAUUGAGAAGAUUAAGAUUUAAUGUAAAAGCAGCUAGAGAGGAAUUAUCUGUUUGGACAGAGGAAGAGUGUAGAAAUUUUGAACAAGGGCUGAAGGCCUAUGGAAAGGAUUUCCAUUUGAUUCAGGCUAAUAAAGUUCGAACAAGGUCAGUUGGUGAAUGUGUAGCUUUCUAUUAUAUGUGGAAAAAAUCUGAACGUUACGAUUUCUUUGCUCAACAAACGCGAUUUGGAAAAAAGAAAUAUAAUCUUCAUCCUGGUGUAACGGAUUACAUGGAUCGUCUUCUAGAUGAAAGUGAAAGUGCUGCUUCUAGUCGAGCACCAUCCCCUCCCCCAACUGCCUCAAACAGUAGUAACAGCCAGUCUGAGAAAGAAGAUGGCUCUGUAAGCAAUAGUAAUCAAAAUGGGGUAUCAUCUAAUGGACCGGGUGAAAUAUUAAACAAAGAAGAAGUAAAAGUUGAAGGGUUACACAUUAAUGGACCAACAGGUGGAAAUAAGAAACCACUUCAUGCAGAUAUGGAUAGUAAUGGUUAUGAAACAGAUAACCUUACCACUGACCCAAAACUUGCCCAUAUUGAUGAAAAAAGUGAGAGACCUGCCAAAAGGCGAAGGGUAAACAGCAGUGGAAAAGAAAGUCCAGGUUCUUCUGAUUUUUUCCAAGAAACAAUCUCACAUGGAAAAUUUGAAGAACUUGAAAACACAGAUGACUGAAUUUUAGACUUUUACUUUCUUUGGAGUAUAUCCAGGUGUAACUAUAAUUUUCAGGAUUGAUGGGUUACCUUAAAAACUUGAUUUCCUUGAAGCAAUUAGUUAAAAUUUGAAAAUUGAAUUGAGUCAUAGAUUUAGUAAAUAAGAUUUCAGAGUCUGCCUUAUGUAGAAUUUUUAUUUUAAAAUUAUAAAGGACCCUUUUAAGGAUAUAACAAAUAGUUUAAUAAAUUUGAAUGAACUAAAGAUGUAUCUGUACCUUCUCAUUGGAUGUAUUAAUCUUAAAGUUUUACUGCAAGAUACUUUUUGCUUAGUUUGAUGGCAAAGGAAAAAAAUUUUCUGCUUAACGCCAAAUUUUUUUUUUAGUUCAUUGAAAUGUUUUUCAGACAUUUUUCUCUGUAUACAAAUUGAGUGUCAUUAUUAAGGAAACCCUUAUGAAUCCUGAAAGUUAUGUUAGCAUGAUUUUUUUAUAUAUAGAAGUUUAAAAAUAAACCAAGUCAGGUUUGUAUAUGUAAAAUUCUUGACAUCAAUGAUGUCUUCCAUAUUCUUAUCUGGGCUUAAGAAAUACAUUCUGUAUUUUUCCAGAUUCUUUGUAGCCUUUGAAAGAUUUUUACAGUACAUAUAUGUCUUGACUGAGCUGUCCUUUCUUAAUACAAAAGCUUGUAUAAUUUUCUUAACUUGUACAGUUGGUAAACUUUUAUGAGAGGAAUUGAUAUUCUGAGUCUGUCAGCUUUCAUUUUAUUUUGCUAUGGUUUUUCUAAUCAAUUUUUAAGUGUUUGUGUAGUAACCAAGUCAUGUUUCUUAUCCAGACAGUAAAAGCAUUCAUGAAGGAUUGUGAAAAUUUUUUUUUCAAAUUUCUACUUAGGGACAAAUAGUGUGAGAAUUCUGAAAUUAAGCAUGAUACUUAGAUUGCAUAGUUUGUUUGUAUUUGCUAUAAUUUUCAAAAUUAUUUUUGAAGCAAAACAAAAGUUUAAUGUUGGCUUAAAUGCUUAAAUGUAUCAUGCUGACCAGAAUCUUGUUGUUAUUUUUGUAUGCAUUAUGAAAUUUCCCAUUUUUGCAUUAAAUAAACUGGGGAAAAGGUCAAGUGAUACUUAGAUAAUUGGCACACACAUGGAGUUGGCGGGCAACAAUAUUGAUUUUUAAGAGGAAAAAGAGAUGAACUUGGAAAAGUUUUUGGACUUUUCUAGUUACAAUCUAGUUUUCCAGAUUUGAUAGUGUAUUUCCAAAAUGAAAAUAAGAUAUACUGUAACUAUUGCUCUGUGAUUACAAAUAGGAUCAUCCAUUUGCAUAGCCUUUCAAGAGUGCCAUUUUAUUUUUAGUGCAAAAUUCUUGUUAAAAAAUGUAGUUUUAUACAGCUGAUAGACCAACCUAUAUCCAAACUUUUAUAAAAGAUUAUUAACUAUUGUUUUUAUCACAUAGGCAUACCCCAAAUGCUUCCACCAGUUCAUCAGCCAUUUGUUCAAGAGCCAAUGCCUUUUGAAAAUAAAUCUGUGAUCUUGUUUUUAAUGGAUCUAGUGUCUAAUGCAAUUAAGUAGAGGUUUGCACUGAGAUACUAUGGUUUAGGCCUUAUUCCCAUGAAGUAUUACUAUUAACAUAUGUUCAGACUGCUUCCCUCCACCAGUGUGAACAAGAUUUUCCCCCAGACAGUAUUAAAAGCCACUUUACGACAUGACUUCAUAUAAUGUACAUUCACUGUUACAUACAUAUCCAAGUAAAUCCAAGUUUUAGGUGGAAGUGUUGAGAAGCAUGAAUUCUUUUGUUUUUAUUUUGUUUUGUUUUACCCAGCACAUUAAUUUAUCCAGAAUGGCAGCUUUAACAGAUGAUCACAAUCCAUUUUCUCAAUCAGAUGUUAUUAAAACAAAUCCAAAGUAUCCCAGCUCUUUGUCAAAGACUGUAGAAAUGUUUCAAAUGAAUAGUAAUGUUGUACCUUUUAAGUUGUUGCAAUAUUUAAGACACCAUUUUUACCUUUUAUAAAAGAUGCAUUUUGUUUGCAGGUUUGUGAAAUUCUUGCAGACUAAUAUUGCAGGAACAUUUUUGGUAAAUUCUCAGGCACAUUUGCAAAUACGGCACAUGUAUACAUGUUAGGAAAUUUUUUCUUAAUCUUAUCUUUUUAAAGUAUGCCUAAUGAAAGACAUUCCACUAUUAUAAUCCAUAAUGCUCAGCUUUUCAUAAAGGAAUAUUUAAUUAUAUUUUGUGUUUAUACAGGUAUUUCACACAGUACUUUGCUCUUCAUAAUGCAGCCAUUUUAACUUGAUAAGUCAUUGCACUAUAAAAUUUUUAGUGAUAUGAUCUAAUUUGCUUCAUAUUUAGUACAUUUCUUAAUUCUUGAACUCUUGACAAAUUGCAUCGGGAAAAGAAGCCUUUGUCAAUAGUUACUUGGUCUUUGCCACCCCCAGCAAAGCACUAUUGUUUUCAUUUGGAGUGGUAUUCUGUUCUAUGAUGUGUUUUCAAAUAGAGUUCAGAAUUUGCAACUCAGUUCAACAUAAAUCUGUUGAGCUUUAAAAUGUAUUUGAAAAAAUAUUUAAAUAGACAUUUAAAAUUAUGAGUUAGAUGUUUUUAAAUUUAUGCAUAGUAAUUUUGCACUGUAAAAUAAUUCCUUCCUCCCAGUCCCUGUCU